GGGGGAGAGCAGGGGUUAAGGGAGGGGGAAGGAGAGGGGAGUGAUCCACCCACGAAGGCCGAGUUACAAGUAUAUAAGGCGUGGGCUGGGCUGGACUGGCAGACACUUGGGCUGACGGCAGUGAGCAGACAUCAGCACCAACCAUGAAGACCUACGUGUGUGUGGCUCUGGGCCUCCUGGCAGUGGCGGCUCUGGUGCACGCUGACCCUGAGCCCGAGGCCCUCGCCGAAGCCGACCCCGACGCCCACCGGCCCUACUCCUACCACUACGGCUACCCCCACUACGGCCACUACUCUUACCGCCACUACGGCUACCCGCGCUACCACCACCACCACAAGCGGUCCGCUGACCCUGAGGCCAGUGCUGACCCAGAGCCCAGCAGACACUACUACGGCCACCACCACCACACCCCCUACCACUACCACCACCACCACAAGCGCUCCGCUGACCCCGAGGCUGCCGCUGAGCCCAGCAGGCACUACUCCUACGGUCACCCCCACCACUACGGCUACUACCACCACAGGCCCCACUACUACCACAACCACCACAAGCGCUCCGCUGACCCCGAGCCCAGCGCAGAGCCCAGCAGGACCCACUACUACGGGUACGGCCACCCCGGCUACCACUACUACAGGUACCCCUACUACCGCUACGGCUACUACCACCGCCACCACUAGAGCCGAUCCCUUUCUUCACCCCACCAUGACCCUGCAACGGGCCACUCCACCUCCUUCAUCUCCACUUUAUCUUCCACCUCCCCCACGACCAACCUGCUGCGGGCCGCCAC